UUUAAACCCAACAUUUGACAUCUCGAGUCUUUUUUAGACUAACUUCAAUUAAGGGUUUUGGGAGCAUGCUUCAUAGCCACUGCCAGUCAGUCAGGAGCCUGGAUAAAGCUACAUCACUGUCUUCCAUCACAUACAACUCCAAUCCUAAAAGCUUUGAAGAUGGCAUUGUCUUACCCAGCAGUUGUCACAGCAGAACCUGGCUCCUGGACAACUUUCAAGAAACCAACAGUGAAACUUCUACCUGCCUACCGGCCAAUUGUGGCCAAUACCAGUGCAAAGUGGACCCCUGUGUGCGAAGUCCCUGGAUCUUCAGAGUUGACAAAAUAAUUUGUUCUAACUCCAAGGCUUGUGAAAGAACAAUAGAAAUAUCUCCAACUAUGCCACAGUGUGCUUCUCAAACCUGCCAGUCAAGAAAUUGUAAGCAAGUGGGUUUUGUAGCCCACAGUUACCAACCUGCAAGUUAUAUGACCAAGUGUUGUCCACUAAAGUCUACAGUGCUUGAAAGUUGCCAAACUCUGGAGUUUGAAUCCAGCCCAUGCUGCUCUCAGGUACCUGAGUCCAGGUCCUGUAAUUCCUCGAGCAAUAUUGUCUCUGGGCCACAUCUUGUGGAAUCUUCUAGCUCUUAUGAACCAACAUGCUGUGUGACUGGUGGUUCACAAUUGCCUAGUAAGUGA